AUGGGAGUCGCCAGUACGCCGACGGCUGGAUCACGAACCAAGGGCAAGCGACGGAAGAUAUGCAUGGCUGAAGGCUGCCAGAACUUGUCGCGCUCGCGAGGACUGUGCAAGGCUCACGGUGGAGGUGUUCGCUGCCGUGUGGAGGGAUGCUCCAAGAGCUCGCAGGGCGACGGCUUCUGCCGCUCGCACGGCGGUGGUCGUCGCUGUGGCCACCCCAGUGGCUGCUCCAAGUGGGCGCAGCGCAGCGGCAUGUGCAUGGCGCACAGCGAAGGUAAGUACGGCAACAGCUACCGUGGUCGGCAGCACCGGAUGGAGCAGCAGGAAGCCGUGGUCCAGCAGACCCGAGUGUGA